AUGUUGCUCCUUCCCUUGGCCUGUCUGGCAUUCAUUGGUUUUGCAUCACCUAUUCUAGCUCAAUCAGGCUUUGCUCAUGUGAUAGUGGGAAACACCUAUAGCUACACCCAAGCUAGCUGGGCAAGCGACAUUGCAGCCGCAACUGCGGCUGGUAUCGACGGAUUCGCACUCAACAUUGCCUAUGCUGAUACGAUCAAUUCAAAUGGAUAUGUUCAGGCUUAUGUUACUGCCCCGGAUGGCCGACCCUACAUGAUGCCAGUCUCUCCCUGGUUCUACACCAAUCUCCCAUUAUGGUCAAAAAAUUGGCUUUGGCGAGGUGAUGAUCUCUGGCACGACCGCUGGGAUCAAGUUCUCGACGAGCAGCCAGCCUUUGUUGAGAUCCUGACCUGGAACGACUGGGGAGAAUCCCACUAUAUUGGCCCAAUUCCGCCCACUGACUCAGCCAUUCCAGACGGCGCGGGCCCCUACGUUAUGAAUAACCCGCAUGAUGCCUGGCUGAAAGACUUGCCUCACUAUAUUGCAGCCUACAAAAACACGAGUCGGCCAGAUGAGAGUCAUAUUACCUUCUGGUACCGCCUUAACCCUGCGUCAGGAAGUGCGUGCGGGGCCGGAACGACAUGCAACACUCCCACGCAAGGCCAGGUGGCUCUGAGUACGCAGGAGUGUGACAUUGACGCGGUCUUCUUCACAGCAUUUGUGCCUGACACCGCCGUCGCAACAGUCAACGUGACAAUUGGCGGUUCGACGCAAACAGUCUCUGCAGGCACGCCUGGCAUCUUCCAUUCCAACGUGCCAUUUGCCGAUUUGACUGGAGAUGUCACGGUGUCCGUUACCACCAGCGACGGCACUGAGACCGGUCCUGUUAAUGGUGCACCCAUCAGCACAGACUGUCCUGGUGGAAACGUCAACUGGAAUGCAUGGGUUGGAGGUUCUUAG